AGGUGCUUCUGGAAGAGACCGCUCUGGGCCCCGCCUUUGAUCUCGUUGGUGGGGCUGAGGGAUGAGAGCUGCACCGCGCGGGACAAGUCGCCGGCGGCGCCCGACAGAGCAGAAGAGGAGAAAACAUGGAAUUGGAGAGGAUCGUCAGUGCAGCCCUCCUUUCCUUUGUCCAGGCGCACCUCCCAGAGGCUGACCUCAGUGGCUUGGAUGAGGUCAUCUUCUCCUAUGUGCUUGGGGUCCUGGAGGACCUGGGCCCCUCAGGCCCAUCAGAGGAGAACUUUGAUAUGGAGGCCUUCACUGAGAUGAUGGAGGCCUAUGUGCCUGGCUUCGCCCACAUCCCCAGGAGUACAGUAGGGGACAUGAUGCAGAAGCUGUCAGUGCAGCUGAGUGAUACCAGGAACAAAGAGAACCUGCACCCACAGAGCUCCUGUGUCCAAGGUCAGGUGCCCAUUUCCCCAGAGUCCUUGCAGCGGCCUGAAACACUCAACGAAGAGACAAGGUCUCCUGCUUCUGCUGCUGGGGACACCCAAGAUGAGGCAGCUGGCACCGAGGAAGAGCUGCUGCCAGGGGUGGAUGUGCUCCUGGAGGUGUUCCCCACCUGUUCAGUGGAGCAGGCCCAGUGGGUGCUGGCUAAAGCUCGGGGAGACUUAGAAGAAGCUGUGCAGAUGCUAGUAGAAGGCAAAGAAGAUGGGCCUCCAGGCUGGGAUGGCCCUAAUCAGGACCUGCCCAGGCGCCUCCGAGGUCCCCAGAAGGAUGAGUUGAAGUCCUUCAUCCUUCAGAAGUACAUGAUGGUGGAUAGCGCAGAGGAUCAGAAAAUUCACCGACCUAUGGUUCCCAAGGAGGCCCCCAAGAAGCUGAUCCGAUACAUCGACAACCAGGUAGUGAGCACCAAAGGGGAGCGAUUCAAAGAUGUGCGGAACCCUGAGGCUGAGGAGAUGAAGGCCACAUACAUCAACCUCAAGCCGGCCAGGAAGUACCGCUUCCACUGAGGCACUCGCUGGACUCUGCCCCAGCCUUUCAGAUCUCAGAGGGAUGCAGGAGCCCUGUUCCCUGACACAGGGGCCUUCCUUACUCCUGUACCCUUCUUAAUCCCUUCUCUACUUCCCUGCUCCAUAGUGUUAACUUACUCUUGGAGCUGCCUCCAUGGGCACAGUAAAGCUGGCCCAAGGAA